UCAUCAGUCAAAAUACAUAUCGUCAUAUCCGGGUAAUUGAAGAAAGAUGGCGUAGAUCAGAUAUUUACCAAGAAUGCUUUGUAUGAGUAAAAGAUAACUAAAUAUCCUUGUUUACUUGUCAAAAUGGGCAAUACUUUUACUAGAAACCGUAAUAACCGAGAAGAUAGUGGAGAUGCCUCUUCACAGAAUGCUUACAGAUAUCCACCAAAGACAGGAAGCUACUUUGGUACACACUUUAUAAUGGGUGGUGAAAGAUUUGAAUCACCCCAACCUGGGGAAUAUCUUUUUGGAGACAGUGAGGAGUUAAAUUUUCUAGGAAAUAAACCAGUACCUUUUCCAUAUCCAGUUCCUUCAGGAAAUGAUCCUACUAAAACUUUGAAAAGUUUGGUUUACAUCCGUAAAGAUUCAUUGCGAUUGGUCAAAGCACCAAUGACUGACAAAAUGCCUCUUGAGGGCUGUACAGGGAAUCCAUACAAUGUUGAAUUUAUCAUUGACACUGAUGUGAGAUGUGCAGUUCGAAUUCAUUACUUCGCAGAAGAAGAUGUAAUUAACGGACAGGUUAUAUAUCGUUCAAGAAGUAGUUCAGAGACAUACCAUUAUAAACGUGGAGCUGGUCAGAAUUUUAACCAGCCAUCUCACACAAUAGACCCUAGUAAAUAUGCUGAUGAAGAGUGGCAGUACAGUUUUGACAAGGAUGUUUACCCUAUAGCAAUACACUGUGUUGUAGAAGAAGAAGAGCAUGCUGGCCAUGCACACAUCACCUAUGCUGUGUUGGAGAAAAGUGCUGAAGGAAGCUACACUAUGAAACCUCUGAAACAGAAACAAGUUGUUGAUGGCCUCUGUUAUCUUUUACAGGAAAUUUAUGGUAUUGAAAACAAAAAUAUGGAGAGAAUUAAGGACGUUGACCCAGACGAUGAGGUAGAAGACAGCGGUGCUGAAUGUGUCAUCUGCAUGUCUGACAUGAGAGAUACAUUGAUAUUGCCCUGUCGACAUUUGUGCUUGUGCAGCAGCUGUGCUGAUUCUCUGCGGUACCAGGCCAGCAUGUGCCCAAUAUGCAGAGUCAAAUUUAGAGCCUUACUUCAGAUCAGAGCUAUGAGGAAAAAAGUAGUUCCAACUUCUACCAACUCACCACAGUCUGACACUGAGGAAAACCCAGUCAACCAAGAAGGUGUACCCCAGGGAUAUGAAGCUAUUUCACUCAUUGAAGCACUUAAUGGGCAAGUGGUGCCACCAAUAAGUAACGAAGGUGUACAUUUACAAAUAUCUAGUCCUUUGACAGUUGGUUUAUAUUGUGUUGAGAAAAAAGGACAGAAAGAAACAAAGGUGUUAGUGUCUGGCCCCAUAGAGUAUCAGAAAGAAAUGGACACUGAUAAAGAAAGCAGCAAAGGAACAUUGGAAAAGAAAAAAGAUAAAGACAAAGUCAGUGGACCAAAGAAAAAUGUGGUUGAUACAACAGAUGUUACGUCUACAGAGGCCACUUCAGAUGCUACACCAGAUGAAGUUGUACCCAGACCUAUAAUAAAAGAAAUUGUGCCCUCCCCUCUCAAGUCUACAGUAGUCACUGUUAGAUGCUCACCUGAUGGAUCUAUAAAAACAGAAACCAAAAUUUCUCCUGUCAGGGAAGCAGAACUCAUACCACCUCAGAUCACUCGGACACUGCAUGAUAGAAGCUACAAGACAAACAUCAACCUAACAAGAUUGACGUGUGGUCUUUCAACUGGAGACAUGGCAGAUGAUGAGAGGGAAGAUAGUUCAGAACCAGAGCCUGACUAUGAUGACAGAGAUAGUGAUGAUCUUGCAAUCACCCCAACCACAAGCAACCAAGACCUGUACAGCGGCAUCUCUGCUUCGGUGAGUUUUUCAGAGUUGCCACCUGCCUCCCUGCAGUAUGAAUCUGACUGCUCUGUCAAAUACAAUUCCCAUGAUGUUUCUAGCCUGACUGACACCCACCACAGUGGGACUGACGGAUCCAGCUUUGGGAGUAAUAGCUCAGGACAUGCUCUGCUGUCACCUGAUGAACAGAAACAUGCGUCGGAUGACAUCAAGAGUGGUGAGGAAGAUGAAGAAGUGCAUGAAUAGGUUAUCCUACAAGAGGUUCUUUGUCUAACUUCAUUCACUCAUCCUUUACAAUAAAAAUGUGGACUGGUAAAUUUAAUGAAAUUUAAUUAUAAAACAUAAAUGAAUUUAUAAUUAAUGUACCCUUUUAAAGCGGAGAAAGUGUGCUAUCAGAAAGCAUUCAAAACAAGCUACUCUAAUGCCAGACAUCUGCUCGAAAACAUGGCUGUGAUAAAUGUGGUGACGAAACAAAACAUCAGCGUUUGUCUUGACAUUCCGUAGCUCAAACAGUCCUAAAGAAAAUUAUAGUCAAUUAUUAAACUUGCUUUCAACAGUGAAAAAGAACUCAAAAUCAUGCCAAUAUGUUCUAGCAUAUUUUUGUUUCUAAAUUGUAUCCGGUAAAAUUUAAAAAUCUAUGACUAUUCAUCAAUUCAAGUAUUGCUGCAUUUAAUGUGAGUUUGUGUUAAAAAUAUCUUACAUGUUGUUGAAUAUGUUGUAUAAUUUCUGUAGGUGUGGUUGGUUAAUCAACUUGUUUUUGUAAAACCAACUAUUCAAAGAAAUCAUGUUAAAAAUGAUUGGAAGAAUGUUUAUCACUUGAGUUUAAACAGACUGAGCUGAGCCACUGUUGAUCAGUUAAUUGUUGCCAUAUACUUUUUGUACCUUGUCAAAUCUUGUUGCCAAAUGCAAAUCUUUUGAAAACACUGAUUAUUUGUUUUAAAAAACUUCACUGUUAGUAAUCUUUGGUUGUAUUAUAUUGAGAUCCUUAUGUAUAUUUUGUUAAAGGUAUACUUUUUCAGUACCUUAUCAAGUACUUGUAGAUCUGAGUGUGUUCAUGGAUGUAUAUUCAAUUUGGAUUUUUUUUUUCAACAAUUAUUUUUGUAAAUAAGUAUGUAAAUUGUAUAAAUUAAAAGAUUUUUGCAUGUUAUUUAUCGAAAUGUAAUUACAUAUUUUAGGCAGUGUCAGGGUGUAUCCAAUAAUGAUUUUAGGAACUAAAGUGGGAGAGAAAUGAAGCAUAUAUAAAUGUAGUUUUUUUGUGUUUUUUUAAGUUUAUAAUAAUUUUAGCCCCCAGUUCCUAUACUAAAAAAAAAAGAAGUAUUUUAAAGAUCAUACAUUUUAUUUUAUAGUUUGUCAAAUGUGCAUAUAUUAAGCAUCCAUCACAAGGGAAUCAAUCCUUCCUGUCUUUCCUUAUCAUUAACCAAGAAUUUCUGUUUCUUGCCAUAACCACAUUAUAGCCUGUAUCCUUGCAACACAUGGUAACACAUAAGUGUGUAUUACUAAAAUAUUAGAAUAAAAUAAAUGAAAAAGAAAUUAAAUUUUUCAAAAUUGUUUUUCUUUAGCCUAUGUUGCAGACAGGCAGGCAAAAUUAAAAUUUUUCAUGCUGUGAUAGAAACAGUGAAGUUUAAAUAAAUAAAUCAAGGAAAAGAUAGAACAGUUGUUUUCACCUUAGGUCUUGAUUAGAUCAUUUAAAAAAAAAACCAAAGUGUAAUUAGUAAUUACAUGUUGUUAGGUUUUUGUUUGUAAUCAUUUAUACAGUUACUAGUUUUUUUUUAAUAUAUCAGAAAAUUUCAUUGUAUUAAAUAAAUUCAAUGCAAGACCUUUUUGAUUUAAAAUUAUAAAAACUCAAGUUUCAUAAACAUGGCCUUUUUUGUGUGCAUGUUUCCGUAAGAAAUUAACGUUUUUUUUACCACAAAGAUAACUCUUGUAGCUGCAGACAUUAUAUUAAACUGUCUGGUUUUGGUUAUUUUUUAAAAUUAUAUUUUAUAUAGUGGACAUUUUUUAAACAGUAGUUUGCCAGUUUAAAUUGCUUAAUAAUGUAGCACAGCAUAUAACUUUUGUAUUUUUAAAAUGUAUCAUCUGAUUUAAAGCGUACAUCAAGGACUUAUCAAUUAUUAAUCACAUACUUUCUAAAUUACAAAUGUAAAAAAAAAUAUCAUGCCCCUAAUUAUUUUUAAGUUAUAAAAGUUUUAGGCUACUCUGGCCUUAUGGUUGUACCCAUUCUACUUUUUUUAUGCAAUGAAGUAAAAGUGUGCGUUAAAUUAAAUACUUGUUUUUAACUCAGUGUGACCACAAUUGUUGAUAAAAUGCAAAUUUAAUUUGAAGCUAAGCUAAUUAGUUUAAAAUAAAGUAUGACUCUUGGGCUCUUAUAAAUGUUUACAUGUUCAAUCAUCGCUUUUUAAGUUAAGCAGGACUUAGUGAAGAUUAGAAGAAUUCAUACGGAAACCACUAUUCCCUAUUUAUUUACUUAAGUUACUUCAGCUUUAAGUUGUACACACUUAGCUUGUAUCAAUCAUUGAAUUGUAAUUUAAUGAUUCUUCUUGUUAAAAAUUGAUUGUAUGAAAAAAAAAUAAUGAAAUAAAAUG